UCCUCCCUUUGCAGUGAUUCCUCCUGUCACACAUCCUUCUCUAUGAUGUCACCACACCAAAGCUCAGUGAUGAGACCAAGGUCCAUAGACUAUACUAAUGAACGCAGGAAAGAACUGCAGAAUGGAAGGGCGCAACCUAGAAGACCCAUAUCAGCAGGGGCACUGGAAGGCAUUUCUGUCUUUUCCAUUUCCACUUCCCGGUGUGACAUCACUCAAUAUAAUGACAGGACUACUUGUGACAACACAUAUUCUUCAACUCCACCACUCUGUGCUAUUCAGCAGCACCGCAAAGCCCUGCGAUAUAUUUGCAAGCUGGCACUCAAAUACCGCUGUAAGCCAGGAGUGAGCAAUCCUAUCCCAGACCUCGGGCCACCAACUCCUCGAACUCCAGCAUCUGUUUCUCUUUAUUCUGAACGCUAUAACAGCUGCCCCCCUUCACCU